AUGGUCAAGAAGUUUCUGAAUUUUCUCUUUAUCCUGAAGUGGUUGGGCCUCCCAUGUAAAAAACCACAGCGCAGUUCGGUCAGCUCGAGAACCGGUCUACUUGGCCUGCCGCCAGAGCUUCGCAACAGAAUCUACCGCUUCGUGCUCGUAGUAAGCGAUAAAUAUGACAACUUACGAGUGGACAACAGCAACCACAUGGAAUCUGGUUUGCUAAGCUCCUGCCUUCAAAUUCGAAUUGAGGCAAAAAAGAUCUUUCUUCACGAGAACAAGUUCGCCACCGUGGUGCAAGACUACAAACUCCAAGUACCACUGCGCAGCUCGAGUCAUUGGAUCAAUCAAACAGCAUUCGGGGUUGUAUACUAUGGCGGCUCAAACUGGUCGAACCUCAAGGACUGGAUCCAGCUGCACCUAGCCCACGAGGUCGGACAUCCCGCUACAGCACCAUUCGGACAACCAGUGCAUAGCGCGAGUAGUGUAGCGAAGAACGCUUUCACGAUCGCUCGUGCAAUGAAAGGAACUUCCGCGUCCUGGGAGGAGAUUGAGAUCGUUCUCGAAGCGUACAAGGAAGGCAUCGAUGGAAGUCAUGGCUCCAAACCUUUCUGGACCUGA